AUAUUGAACGGCUAACAACUAUUAUGUAAAUCAGUUGUGUAAAACUCGUUUUCACACGCGCUACAUUCGGCCUGUCUUGGUGUCUUGUUUGUAUUUCUGUCACGUAAGUUUCUUGGUGAUGAAAUAUUUUGGUGUAUUCGACGAGACGGUUCAUCAUUAUUCGAUACCAGAGUAACUGCUCAUAGCCUUUAAGUGCCCUUUUCAAGUUUUCCUUCGUCACCGUACUGUGAGAAGGCCUUCGCUUGCAAUGGAAUAAAUUCUCCUCACAGGCUCGGUGUGUACAAAUUCGGCUUUCUAGUGUUCACGUGCACAUUGAGUGGAGGUUUUGAUUGGUUGCGAGGCAUGAAUGAAAAGGUGGUCUGACAAUCACACCACCAAGUCUUCGACCUGUUCUCAGCCAAUAUAUUAGAAAAGCAAACAUUGGGAACAACCAUGGGUGUUUUCAGUGAUUCCUGAAUUAUCCCAAGUAGUUUCAGUCGCUUACCGAAUGCAACACAAAAGCAGACUUCGUUUUGCGAUUCCUAGGUGUUAGACCACAUAUCGAUAUUUUAUAAGGGAUUUUAUUUGUCAAGCACAUAUUUUGAGGUUUGCAAGAAAUUUUGCGCGUUUUGAAUUUCAAAAUGUUUUUCUCUCAGACGGAUUGUUAUACAGAUCCAAAGCUGCUGAAAUCCCAACUAGUGAGCGGCCCAAAGAUGUUAACUUCAGUAUUUCGCCGCUAUGGUUACAUGUGUGCCUCGCAUCCAUGGGAAGUGAUCAUAGGCACAAUUACAGUGACAGUUUGCCUGUUCUCUAUGAGUUUAUUAACCGGGAAUGAUAAAAUAUGUGGAUGGAAUUAUAUUUGUCCCAAGGAAGAGGAGGAAUUUUACAGCUCAGACAUUUUGAUCCUAGCCAUAACACGCUGCCUUGCUGUGAUGUAUAUUUAUUUGCAAUUUCGAAAUCUCCGAAAAUUAGGUUCAAAAUAUCUUUUAGGCAUAGCCGGGGUUUUUACUAUAUUUUCAAGCUUUGUGUUCAGCAGUGCUGUUGUGAACUUGUUGGAGAAUGAUUUGACUGGUCUCAAUGAGGCACUCCCAUUUUUUCUUCUUUUGGUGGAUCUGUCAAAGGCCAGUGCCCUGGCAAGGUUUGCACUUAGCUCAAAGAACCAGGAUGAAGUAUGCAAGAACAUAGCCGAGGGCAUGGCUUUACUGGGACCAACACUUACCUUGGAUGCUAUGGUGGAGACCUUGGUGAUAGGAGUGGGCACACUGUCAGGAGUCAAGAGGCUGGAGACCAUGUGUUGCUUUGGCUGCCUGUCAGUAAUAGCCAAUUACCUGGCUUUCAUGAGCUUCUACCCUGCAUGCCUGGCACUUGUUUUAGAGUUGUCUAGAGGACGUAGUGGGCACACUCCAAUGUGGCACCUUCACCAGCAGUUUGUUAAAGUUCUGAGGGAGGAGGAAGAAAAGAAACCCAACCCAGUGGCUCAGAGAGUAAAGUUGAUCAUGUCUGCAGGACUGGUUAUUGUCCACACCCACAGCCGUAUUACAGCUGACCCCAAUGUCGCUACUAGGGAUGUGGUCAGUUUUGACCCAACUCUGACUGACCUGCCAAGGAGAAUACAGCCAGAAGCUUCGUUGUUGCAGUUUUACAUUAUGAAAAUGUUUACGGCAAAUGUUGAUUAUGCUGUAACACUUGGCCUAGCUAUCAUUCUCGCAUUCAAGUAUAUCUUUUUCGACACUGACAUUGAUCCAAAAAACUGUGUGAAAAAAGAACAGGAAGAAAGCAGAUGUAAUGAAAAUAGAAAGAAUGAGAUAUUGCAAGAACCCAUACAGGUGUUAACUCCAGUGAAGGAUGACAAAAUUAAAAAAGAGAUCACAAUGACUGAAGGAACAAGUGAUCAUAUAGAUUUUACUCUUGGAGAAAGUAGCUCUGAAGAUGAAACAGAAGAAAAAGAAACACAGACAGAUUUUACAAGUAACUUUGAACCUUUGCCAGAAAUAAAGAUAAAAGAGCCACCUCGGCCACUGGAGGACUGCUUAAAGAUUAUGAAAUCAGAUGAAGGACCUAGUCAACUAACAGAUGAAGAAAUAUUACUGUUAGUGAAAUCCCGCCAUAUUCCUGCCUACAAGUUGGAAAGUACUCUUGGGAAUCAUGAAAGGGGAGUUGCCAUAAGGAGAAAUCUUGUCUCAAAAGGUCUUCCAAACACCAAAGCAAUGGAAAUGCUACCCUAUACAAAUUACGAUUAUACUUAUGUUGAAGGUGCAUGUUGUGAGAAUGUAAUAGGCUAUUUGCCCAUGCCAGUGGGUGUAGCUGGUCCACUGGUUUUAGAUGGUCAGCAAUACCAGGUUCCCAUGGCAACUACAGAGGGUUGCCUAGUAGCCAGUGCAAACAGAGGUUGUAGGGCUUUAGCUGGUUGUGGUGUGAAGAGCAUGGUAAUAGGAGAUGGUAUGUCCAGAGGGCCAGUAGUCCGGUUUCCCAGUGCUCAAAAGGCCAGCGAACUUAAGCUAUGGCUCAACAAUAGGGACAACUUUGAUAUACUAAAGGAAGCAUUUGAUUCUACUAGCAGGUUUUGUAGACUAGACAGGGUUCAGUCAGCCCAAGCAGGGAGACACUUAUAUAUACGCUUUGUGGCAGUAACUGGAGAUGCCAUGGGGAUGAAUAUGCUAUCUAAGGGAACAGAAAAAGCCCUUAGUUUUCUCCAAGAUAAAUUUGAAGAAAUGGAAGUUAUAAGUCUCAGUGGGAAUUAUUGUGUGGACAAAAAGGCCUCUGCAAUCAAUUGGAUUGAAGGUCGAGGCAAAUCAGUUGUAUGUGAGGCCACAAUUCCUGCCAGCACAGUGCGCAAUGUUCUCAAAACUACCACACAGGCACUGGUAGAGGUGAACUUGAGUAAGAAUCUAAUUGGUUCAGCCAUGGCAGGCAGUAUUGGUGGUUUCAACGCUCAUGCAGCCAACAUAGUGACUGCUAUUUUUAUAGCCACUGGUCAAGAUCCAGCCCAGGUGGUGACCAGUGCUAAUUGUAUAACUCUGAUGGAGGGCGUGGGACCUCACAGUGAAGAUCUCUAUAUCAGCUGCAGUAUGCCUUCCAUAGAGGUGGGCACUGUGGGAGGUGGGACUGUGUUACCACCACAGGCUGCUUGCUUACAGAUGCUUGGUGUACAUGGUAGUAAUGGUGUGGCAGGCUGCAAUGCUUCCCUGUUGGCCAGAGUGGUGUGUGGCACUGUCCUGGCAGGAGAGCUGUCUCUGAUGUCUGCACUUGCUGCAGGACAUUUAGUCAGGAGUCAUUUAACACAUAAUAGAUCUUCAGUAGCUAUUAACCUUAGUGCAACAUUACCAAAGAAAACCA